AUGGCUGCUGUUUUGAGGGGCUAUGCUCGGAAGAAUCCGCAUUUGGGCUACACUCAAGGGAUGUGCUUCCUUGCAGCUGUAACUUGCAGCAAAGAUUCCCUCAUUGCAGAGCAGCUCUUUGCAGACUAUAUGGCAUCAUUCAAGUUGCUUUGGUCCCAGGACUUUCCUUUGAUUGAUGAAGGGAUCCCUUUACUGCAGAGUGUGCUCGACAAGACUGACGGACAGUUGAGCUACCAUCUCUUCCAGACACUAGGACUGAAUUUGACGGCAGUCCUUCCCACUGCGUGGCUCUCUAUGUUUGGAAAGUGGCUUCCCUUCGAGCAACUCCUUGAAACAGUGCCAUUUCUGGCAUCUGCUGGCCUGGCUGGCUUUUUGACCGUCACAAUCGUCAUCCUCACGUCGUAUCGAUCGGACCUUUUGGGCCAUCAGACUGUCGAGGAUGCUUUGAUGUUUAUCACUGCCUUGCGCAGAAUGCCGGUGCCAUCCAAUCUCAUGUUUUCGUGCCAACUGACUCUUCCAAGAGUGAGGGCCCAGGCGCGGGACUCUAAAAGCUAUCGACUUGCGGUUGAUGAUGGAUUUGUUUUCAAAUCUCUUGUCUCCCUUCCAGGUCCCUGGCUGAGAUGUCAGGGUUGGCGCGGCACUGUGUUAAUGAAGCAGAGACGCGUGAGACAAGAAGUGAAGGUCUGGUAA